CCAUUGUCAAUGUCAAAAAGUGAAGUGAAAUUAAAUUGUUGUGUAUUUUGUAGCAAUAAUAUUUAUUUACUCCAAUUUCCCCUUUUCUAAUUGCGGAAAUAGGCUUAGCUCCAAUUUCCUCAUGAUAGUUAAAAUAUUUGUUUACUUCAGGCAAAACACCCAUAUUAUAAAUGUCAUGGUUCGCGGACCUCGCUGGCAAGGCAGAAAGCCUGCUCAAUAAUCUAGAUGAGCAGACAGGUGCGGCCCUGCGGAACCAGAGUGGCGUAAAAGUUAAAAAACAUGACUGCUCCGAACCUGCGUGGCAGAAAAAACGACCACGCACCGCGAAGAAGAAUGUACCGAUAACCGAAACGAGGUCUUACUUUACGCCUUCAAUUAAAAGUACGAGAGGUGCGGGUAAGUCGCCAACAAAGGAGAGCCAGCAAAAUGUACGAACUGUCCAAGAGAAAUCUAGGAGUAAAUCACCAUUUAGAAAACCAAACCAAUUUAAUCUUCAUAAUAGUCCAAAAACUUUAGUCAAUGAUAUUGAAGAUGAUAUGGCUGAUCAUUUUGGCUUGCGGCAGAGAAGGUACAGUCUACCUUCAGAUCUAGAGCAUAUAAGCAAUGAGAAAAUUGCAUAUAACAUGCAAAAUUUAGAAGUAGAGAAUGCAAUGCUCAAAAAUGAACUCAAUGUUGUGAACACAGAAGUGUCAGAAUUGCUCGACAGGCUCAGGAAGACUGAAGAUGACCUUAAAAGUGCACAGAUGAAAUUAGAAUGCUCUGAAAAAGUCAAUGGCAGAUUAGGUAAAGACAAGGAGUCUCUAAGCGCUUUGCUAGAAAGCAUGAAACUGCAAGUCAAUGAAGUGAACAGUGUACAGCUGUCUAAGUAUGAGAGACAGAGUCAGGAGCUAGAGUCUAGUGUUAGUUUGUUGAAGGAAAAGAAUAGGGAGUUGGAAGAACAGAUAAAAAAAUUAACCGAAGACUUAAGCACAAAAGAUACAGCACAAACUAAGCUUGAAAAUGAAUUAAGACAUGCUCAAACUACGAUAAGUGAACAACAAAAUACUAUAGACAAGACAAUAGAAGAGUGCCAUAGACUAGAGAAAGACUGGGAAGCUUACAAGUUGAGAGUGAAGAGUAUGCUAUAUUCUAAAGACAAUGAGAUUAAAUCUCUUCGGGAAGGCGGUAAUUUGACAGAGGAUACUAAGAUGUUGAUGGACCAGUUGGAAACCUUGAAAGAAGAAAAAGAAGAUCUGUCACAGUCAAUAACGCGUAUUCGUAAUGAAUGCAGUGAUAUGAAGCAUCAGAUGGCACAAUUAGAAUCAAGGCAUACUGGGUCAGAACGUAUCGUUACCGCCUUACGCGAUGCUUUGAAAGAGGAACGGCUAGCGAGGAAUCGAGCUGAGGCACAGAGGGCUGCAUUGGGAAAGGAACUGCAAAUCCUUCAAAUGGAAACCAGUCAAACGAUAGCCAGUUUACGAGCAGCCUUACAUGACAAAGAUGAAGAACUCAACCAUCUGAGAGAGACAGCGUCCACUGUACAAACCUCUGAUACAAGUGCUUUAAAUGUAGCAGACUAUGACGUCACAAAGGCCAUAGAUAACGAGAAGAUUCAUUAUUUAACGCAGACGUUAAUUCAGAAGCAAGGGAAGAUCGAUACGCUCAUGGCCGAUAAUAAUAUACUGAGGAUACAGCUUGAUAAGUUAGAGUCAAAACACCGCUCAGAACUGUCUUCACUCCGGGCUAAGCAUUCGCACAGCGUAGUUCACUUCCAAGAUGGCGAUCGCACGCGAUCAAGAACUACCUACGCAAAUUCGCCAUUCUCAGCGCUCUCUCUACGGAUAGGAGUUAUGAUAAAGCGCUUUCCGAUAUUCAGACUACUCGUUCUCAUUUAUAUGGUUGGUUUACACUUAUGGGUGGUGACCGUACUGUUCACAAGUACGCCAGAAGACGCAGCGCCGCGCUCAGGGAGGUCCUGAACUAUAGGCCAAUACUGUACAUUUAUUUAUAUUAAUAUACAUAAAUAAACAAAAUUAUUAAUUUAUAGAUUAUAUAAAUCACAAUGUACCUCGUACGAUACAACAAUACUUUAUUUUUAAUAAUAAAAUAUAUUA